AAGAGCUGUUUGUAUGCUACUUACAAGUUACAACAAAGAUAAGAAAAUCACUCGACACUUGCUUAGUCACAUUAUAGCAGCUUAGAGGGUCAAAUAUCAUUGAAAAGAGUAAAAGGGUUUGUUUGUUUGUUGGUGAGUGUUGAGACUUGAGAAAUUGAGAGUGAGACUAUUAUAAAAAUCAUUAAGAAGAAGAGAAUUAUUUAGAGACAAUGGGAGCAAAGAGGUCUUCUACUUGCUCCUUUGGGAGUGUGUUCAAGGCAUGUUUCUCAAGCGGGGGUAGCUAUGAUGAGUACUGGGAAGGAAGUGGCAGUGGGAGAAGGAUGUUUGCAAGUGAUGAAGACAGAGGGCGUUGGGUUGCUGAGCCUGGCAUUGACAGAAAAGCCUCUGAUUUCAUUGCUAGAUACUACGCCUCACGAGUCACCGACUCCGAACACCAAUUUGCUUCUUGAAAUUGCCCUAAUUUCUUCAUUGCUUCCCAUUCUUGCAAGUAGCUAAGGUUGUUUUUUUUUUUUCUCAGACCACCGGUUGUGUUCUUGGUUGGUUCCUACCGGCUGUACUCAUUUGGUUGUAUUGAUGUGUUUGUGGUGUGGAACCAAUAUUUGUUAAUUAGCUGGAAUAAUGUGGUCAUUAAUAAUGUAAAAAUUGAUUCACUGUUAUUAGAAUUUUGAUUAGUUUUACACUUUUACUAUGUCACCCCUUUAAAUCUAUAUAUGGAUUCUUGGUUGUCUCUAAAA